CUAACUUCCUGAGUGGGCCACAGGUUUUAUAUUAUGGAGAUUGAGCCGGCUCAGGUCCCCUUUGCAGGUCAGUCCCUGCACUUCCAGUUCCCAGAGGACACAGGGAAUAGUGAAAAAUAAAAAUGACUGAACGUGGAUCAGCGACCAAACGCCACAAUCCGGUGGACAGCAUCCGCCGCAAAAUCGAGACCAUCAAGAUGAGCGAUCAGGAGUCCAGUCCAUACUUGCAAAUCCCCAAAUUUCCGCCCAGGAACUUCGACAGUCCGCAGUCCAGCACCAAGAAGGACCUGGAGGAAGUGCUGAAGAACCGGACGGUGAAGAGCACCAGCAAGGACCCGGUCAGUCUCCCCGAUACGGCGACCCUGGCUUCCUUCGCUGUACCGUCUCCGAGGCUACAGCAGGUACCGGACUGUGACUCUCCGCUGGCCAGCGUCCUGGCGUCCAGGGUCCAGCAGAAAAAAGUGUGGCCGUCCUGCGGGUCGCAGAGUUGCUCCACUCCUGUUGUGCGCUCCCAGGACGCGCACUUGAAGUUCCAUCAAUCCAUCCUCCCCUGCUCAGAGUUCAAGAGCAUCAUCCUGGAAGAGCGGGUCCUUCCCUCUGUGUCCAGCUUUUAUCUGGACCGUAAGACUGACCAUUUUACUUUGAGGUCUCCGGUGGUGAAGAGACUGUCGAUGAGCGAGAGUGCAGGUUUGAGGCGUAUGACCGACAACAAAAUGGAGCCGAUGGCUGAGGUCAGCCUAAUCUGCGAGGAGGACCUGCUGGACAGCAUUUUCCACGCGUGUGACACGGAGCGCAGAGGUAAAGUGGCGGUGUCCAAAAUCGUGGAUUACCUGAGGCACACGACCAGCCGUGGCUCUGAGGACAGUGGCCUGGGCGAGCUGUGUAACAUGCUGGACCCUGAGAAGAGGGAUAUCUCCAUGGACCUAGACACCUACCACGCCAUUAUGAAGGAGUGGGUCGACGACUGCCGGAAUAAUGGUACUCAGAAUACAACUAAAGAAUCGGUCCUCGUCGCUGAGGAGUCUUUGAUUAAACUGCGAGAAAGUCUUCAGUCAGUGCGCAGAAUUUCCGGCACCACCAUGAACAUCACAUCCGGGAGUCUGGAAGCUUUUGGCGGUGGACAUUUCCAAAGAUUUGGACACCUCGGACCUAUAACCUGCAUCGCUGAUCUGCAGUACAACAACCAGAAACUGCAGGAGCGGAAGAACAGACUGAAGACUGCGAUGGAAGCUCAGGAGGACACCAAUAACCGUCUCUUGGAAGAAAUUGAGGAGCUGCGGAACCAGCUGAAGAGCACACAGUACAUCAAGCCUCGGAGAGAGAUAAAGUCUAGCAGUUGUCUGGAGCAGCCUAUCAGCUGCUGCCAUUAUUUCAUAGACUGUGCUAGAUAUGACAGCAGCUGGUUGGUGGCUUUGGGCAACUUCUCCAAGAAUAUCAGGAACACUCUGGAAGUGGAGGAGGUCAGGAAAACGUUGUCAGAGGUCACGGAUAAGGCCGCAGAGUUCCAGAUGCAGCUGAAGGAGUUUGAGACUGUGAUACACAAGAAGGACGCCGGACUUCUGCUGAAGGACGUCUAUGUUGAUGAGCUGAAGUCCACAGUCGUGGAAUAUUAUUCUGUCAUCGAGAACCUGCGGGUUGAGAAGAAUAAGCUGGAAAAUAAUCUGCAGCAGAUGGAACACGAGCUUCUAUCGAAUGGUAUUAGUUCUCCGAUUACCAAUAAGCUGAACCGAGGAGUUAAUGGAUGCCUGAACUCCUUGCACACGGAGCUGGAAUUUGCGCAGGAUUUGCCAGAGGUAUCCACCCCAGAAUGGACGUUCCCCUCGGGGCGAACCUCUUCUCUUGACAUCACCUUGGACCGCGAGGUUUUAUUGAUGCUGCAAGGACCCGGACACGAGCAAGUUGGCGCAGAGUUUAAAGCGAUUCUGCAGACGCUGCAUGAAGACACCUGUGCCAUGGCCGAUCAUGUCUUGCUGUCGCUACAACAUCUUAUUGAGUCGGACAUUGACGUGAAGGACUUGGCUGGGAGGAUGCUGCAGAUCAUAAAGGCCGAUUUGAAGGAAAAGAGGAGAAACUGGGAGGAGAAGCUGAAGCAGUUGGACAAGCAGAAGGACUCCUUGGACAGGGAGUUUGUGAAGAUGUCUGGGAACUUGCGGAGGAUGAAGACAGAGCAGCUGCACCUGAAGAAGGAGCUCUCCACCAGACUUCACGAGCUGGAGGCAGCCAGGCAGCAGCAAGAGGAAGUGGCGGAGAGGGCGACCUGGGCCGUAGACCAGCUCCACCAGUCUGCCAGGAAGCAAGAGGACUUAGCCAAGCGGGUUGCUGAGUUAGAGGACACCCUUCACGCUGGGCGGACGGAGGCUGAGUCCCUGCGAGGCAAAUUAGAGGAAGCGGAGAGCCAGCAGCAUCAACUCCAGGCUGCAAUCGACGUGUUAACCAGCGAAGGUCUGAGCAGGGAGCAGGAGGUGCGGACUCUGCAGGAAGCGAAUUCUUUGCUGCAAGAUAAACUGCUGAAUUAUCCGAAGUUCCCGGAGCAGGUUUCCGUGGACGAUGGACCCGUCCUGAGCGCGGGCCGGCAGGCUGCAGAACAUGGAGAGGAGGGAAGUUGCACUUGGGAGAGAUUUGGCCUCCAGGAAACUGGCCGCUUGUCUGGAGCUCACAAGACCUCACCCAGCGCAAAGCCCCUGCCCGGAUACGUACAGCUAUUAGAUGCGCUCUGCCUGGAGGUCGGACAGCGUCAUCCUAAUCAGAGAACGAAGAAUUACCCGGCAACCAGAAGCCAUCGGAAACCUGACUCUCCCCUGGAUGGAAAGCUGAGGAAGACAUCAGCAUCCCUGGAUUUACUGAUCCCUGCGCGGCCCACACGUGUGUGCGUUGGGGCUCAGACGGAUGAGGACACUUUCACCACUGCUGAGAUGGAACCGCCUGUCUACAAGGGGCACGACGCUGGGAAUCGGCCAGAGGCCACGGGCGCAUCCAGCACUUCUAUAAACUGCGACACCUCUGCGGACAGGACUUCCCCGCUGGAUAACACCCUAGUGUCGCCCGCUCCAGAGCACAGAGCUGCAGAGGGUUCUGUCAACUUGAAAGAUGGGGACUCGGAAGCUGCAGACGGGAAGUCCUGCCAUGGGGCGAAGGCCUCUCCUGAUGAAGCUGUAGGAACGUCUGCUGCACCAGCUGUGAAGAGCGCACCGUCCGCUGAGGAAGACCACUGCUCCAGCAAUGAGCGUGAGAUGGAGACAGAGUUCCUACGUUUGUCACUUGGAUUCAAGUGUGACCUAUUUACUUUGGAUAAACGGCUGCGUCUUGAAGAAAGAUCCCGUGAUUUAGCAGAAGAAAACCUGAAGAAGGAGCUGGCGGGCUGUAAAAAGCUCCUGGAAGCCCUCAUCCCGUUCUGCGAGGAAGAUAAUCAGACACAUGAGAUUGUGAAGAAGUUGGAGAACCGCUUGCAGUUCCUCAACCAACACACGACGAGGGUUGCCAGCCGGGCGGAGAUGCUGGGAGCCAUUCACCAGGAAAGCCGCGUCAGCAAAGCGGUGGAGGUGAUGAUCCAACAUGUUGAGAAUCUGAAGCGCAUGUACGCCAAAGAGCACGCCGAACUGGAGGAGCUACGGGAGGCCAUGCAACAGAAUGAGCGCAGCAGCUCCUCUGCUGCCGGAGAAGAUCCGCAUAAGCUGGUGUCGGCUAUAGCUAGUAAGGUAUCUCCUGCCAGGAGAGUCAGUAUGCCGGCUUAUACAAGAGGCACUGGGUCGCCGAUGGACAUGUUUGGAGGGGACAAACUUGAUGGAAAAUUACACAAGCGGUCAAAUAGCUGGAAGUUGGUUGGUUCCAGACAGAAUGAUCGCCCAACGCUGCAGCGUUUUGUUGAUAAUUACACCCGGACGGAGCCCAGUGAAGAGAAUUUUAUUAAAGAGGAUGAGACGAACGCAGAGUUACCGGAAGAGGCGGAAGUGGAGGAGAACAUAAGGAGAUGCAGUCUCCUCCAGAAAACUCAUUCUCCAGCAAAGCCGGGAUCCUUUUGCAGCAACGUUUCGUCUUGGAUGUCUGACUUGAAAACGUCUUUCUCAAACACCAACAAACCACUUCUGAUAUCUGUCCUGACUGCGUUCCUGCUCAUCUCACUGGUCAGCUUCCUGACCGGUCUGUCCUUCCAGAAACCGGUAGAAGGAGCACCUGUUGGGUCUGGGGUUUCAUGGACUUCAGUCCAGCAACUGCUGUGGCCCUAUACCAAGCUCCGACAUAACGCCCCCCCUCCGGUAUGACGGCGAGAAGGACUUGGGACAUUUUAUUAGUUUUAUAGAGUUCUGGUCUCCUGUACAAUUACCGCAUGACUGCCGGAUCAAUCAGGUUUUAAUAUUUUUAUUUGCAUUUAAUAAAAAUCUAUACAGUCACCAGUGAUCGAGAGGAGAAGAUGUCGGUGAUGAAUGGAUACCGGGAUGAAUAAACUAUAGUAUAAAUGAAGAGAGAAUGUUAGAGUAGGACCGUGUCUCCGCUGCGACUAUGUAACCGGUUUUGCGCUGCGGUUCUCUGCCUGAAUGUGGAUGGAUAUGUGCUAUUUAUUCCUGAAUAAAGUUGUGUUUAUGAGUAUGUCA